AUGGCGCAAGGAAUUGUCGGUGGUGGCUCAGUCGGCCUGUUCUGGGGCUGGAUCUUUGUCUCCGUCGGAAUCACCUUUAUGGCAAGUUCGCUUGCCGAGCUGGUCAGCAUGUGGCCUUCUGCCGGUGGUCAAUACGUUUGGGCGGCUGAAGUGUCUCCAAAGAAGCACAAGGCAAUCAUAAGCUGGUAUGUCGCUUGGAUCAGUAUUGCAGGCCUCUGGCUGGGAGCGAUUUCGUGCGGCAUGGGAGUUGCAGUGCAAACUCAAUCUUACGUGGCUAUUGCCCGUCCCUACAGAAUGGCGAGAUGGCACGCAUUCUUGAUCAACGUGGCUGUACUUGUUAUUUGGGUGAUUUUCAACCUUGUCUAUGUAAAAGGUAUUCACUGGAUGAACCAAAGUGUGCUAUGCAUCCAUGUUCUUGGAUAUUUUGCUGUCAUCAUCACGUUGGCGGUGUGCACUGACACUAAACACGAUGCCAAGUACGUCUUCACAAACUUUGAGAACUCCACUGGCUGGAGCCAGGAUGGCAUUGCGUGGUGUAUCAGCCUGCUUCCAGCGUUAUUUGCCUUUUUCUCUCUUGAUACUGCUUCACACUACAGCGAGGAGAUCAAAGAUGCGAACAUUGCAGUUCCAAGAGCGAUGUUCCUCCAAGCAGUCUUGAAUGGACUUAUGACGAUACCUUUCAUCAUUACGGUCUUGUUCUGCAUUGGUGACCCGUUGGGCGUUCUUUACAACUCUCAAAUAGGUUUCACCAGCCCUUUCACGCAGAUCCUGUUCAACAGCACUGGAAGUCCAGUGGCUGCAAUUGUCCUUAAUACGAUCAGCAGCUACGUUGCAUUCGCGGCAGGCCUCGAUCUCUGGGGCGCUGCCGCCCGGGCUAUGUGGUCAUUGGCAAGGGAUGGAGGCCUCCCGCCCUCCUUCGCUCGUAUCCAUCCUAAGUUCGAUGUACCCAUCGAAUGUUUACUGGCGAUGGCCCCUCCCGCGCUGAUCAUUGUCAUGAUUUACAUUUUCAACACGACAGCCUUCUACGGCAUUAUGGCGGGUGUUGUCGUCACUUUCCAACUAAGUUAUGUCAUACCAAUCGGCCUGCAUCUCUUCUACGCGCGACGAAGGUUAGCAUUGACCAAGGGCCCUUGGUCCCUAGGUCGUUACGGAUGGGCUGUCGAUAUGGUGUCGUUUUGCUUCGGUAUUUUCAUGAUCAUCUUCAUGUCCCUCCCAACUUACCAGCCUGUGACAGCUGCGACCAUGAACUAUACUGUCGCAAUUAUUGGCUGUAUCCUACUAUUUGCCACAGUUCUCUACUUUGUGUAUGCCCGUGGAAGAUACAAUGGACCUACAAUCAUCCUCGACGCAGUCAGAGUCUCUACAGAUGUGCCGGUCCACACCGUCGAGAUUGGAGAGGAAGCUUCAAAAGUGCAACUGCAAACAAAGCUGGCUUAA